AGUAUGCCGGAAAGCUGUGAUAAAGCGAGAAGAAUUCUUCCUGAAGAAAGAUAACAUACCCGCUGGAUUCAAUAUUAUAUAUCGUGCUCCUAUGCAACAUUAUCUUUCCGAUCGGCUGUGCACGUGUGGAAACCUGGUGGUGGGGAUUGAAACUACGAUUGACAGCAAUUCUUGAUCAAAACACGGCAAAAUCCCGCGGGUGUUUACGCAAUUUUGUAUAGCUUUUAGGUGUAUAAUAAUUAUAGUUGCCCCUAAAAAUAAUACCAAAAAUGUUGGCCAGUUGUGAAAAGCUGCGACCAUUGCUGUCGGGCUUGUUGUUGCACGGUCAGUUUGGCCAACAAAUUGCCGGCAUGAAGUUUUUUGCCCCACCGAUAAAAUAUGACAAUAUUACGAUCCCCGAGAAGCCUAAGCUUCGCUUUAUGGAAAAAGUUCCUCAGCUGCCCAGCAAUCUUCGUGCGCCCAAGAUGCAGAAGAAGCUGAAAUGGAUGCGCGGUCCUGAGUUGGUACACAAUUCACUCGUACACAAGCAGUAUGGCAUAGUUGCUACCGGCGGUGGUCGGUUACGGUGGGGCCACUUUGAAAUGUUGCGACUUACGAUCGGUCGCAAGAUGGAUACGAGCCGCAUGUUUGCGAUCUGGCGUGUCGAGGCACCGUGGCAACCGGUAACCAAGCAAGGCCAGGGACAGCGUAUGGGCGGUGGUAAAGGUGCCAUCGAUCACUACGUUACACCAGUGAAGAGUGGUCGAGUGAUAGUGGAAUUGGCGGGAAAGAUGGAGUUCGUAGAAGCAAAGCAAAUUCUUGAUAUCGUUUGCCCUAAGCUGCCGUUCAAGGCGAUGGUAGUUUCACACGAAAUGUUGCAAGACAUGAAAGCAGAAGAAGAACGAUUGGUGCGAGAAAAUCUGAACCCGUGGGAUUUUAAGUACAUCAUCCAGAACAAUCUCGGGGGCUGUCAUCGAUGGUUGUCUCCCGUGGAUCACAAGUGGUUUGGAAAGUAUCUGUAAAUGGGCUGGAAACAACGAAUAAAUCGUAAUUCGAGUAGUAA